AUGCUGAUUGUCAAACGCAUAUCAACGCCAUCCUCGCAUACAACCAAAAGAAACAUACUGGAAUAUGUGCUUAGUAGCCGACUUCAAUUCAUAGAUCAUGUCCACUCCCUCGUCCUAACGGAUGCCGAGGAAUUCCUGCCUUCAUUUUUCGGUAACCCAAGUAGCAAAGAAUGGACCAAAUUCAAUCCAAAUGAGGUAGUCAGUAAUGUGCUUAUGCAUUAUGCAACUUCGUUGGUUCUUGGGCCAAAAUUCUCGCGAGACCCCAUUCUCAUGCAACACAUAACUGCCCAUGCCUUGGGAAUUGAGGAGGUUAUCAACGAAUUUGCUCGCUGGCCAAGAUUCUUAUUUCCAUUAGUCUGGAGAUUGUCCCCUCUUCACCGUAAAUUUCGCUCCAAUAUCUCAGUUGUCAGAAAGAAAGUCGUACCCGAAAUCAAGCGCCGUGUGCAGCUUCUCCGACUUGGGGAAUCAACUGGUGAAGAUAUGAGUAUGCUGACCAUCUUUUUAAAGCAAGCUCUCAAGGAGGGCCUUCUUUCGAUGAGUGGAAAUACAAAGACAGAGGAGAACGACAUUGAAGGUCUCUUCAUGAAGACAUUGUUCCAUAUAUAUGAGGUCUGGGGGCCUAUCGCUCCACUUUUGAGUGCCAUGUUUGUUCGUUGUAUGGCAAACCCUGAGUACGUCGACGCAUUGAGAGAGGAGGUCUCAGGCUCCCUUGAAUCUCAUGGAGGCUGGAACUCCAAUUUUUUGGCGCAUACACCAAAGUUGGAAAGCUUCAUGCGUGAGAGCUUACGUCUAAUCGAGUCUCUAGACAUGAAUCUUCCAAAGGGAACUUGCAUUGGAAUACCGACGAAAUGCGUUCAUGGGGACCCUAAGAACUACCCAGACCCAACAAGGUUUGACGGUUACCGGUUUUAUGAUGCGGAUUCUAAUACAUGUACCGUGCGUGCAUCAACAGCUUCUGAGAAAUUCCUGGCGUUUAGCUAUGGCACUGGACUCUGUCCUGGGCGGUUUAUUGGUGUGAAAGUUUCAGAGAUUCUCCUGGUAAAAGUGCUCUUGGAUUUUGAUAUGCAGUUUAUAUCAAAAGGUCAAGAGUUCCCAUCAUAUGUCCUGAUGGAAAACACUUGGUCGUGGUUGGACACAAACCUCACAGCGUAUGUACGGAGCCGUAGUGGACAUUGCUAUUAUAUUGGGCGGGAGAGCAUGGUAUCAUUAAGAGGAGAGGGUGGAGGGUGGUGGGUGGAAAGCCAGACGGGCUCCGUUGAAUAUCGUUUGACGACUUUAGAGCCUAAAAGUACCACAUGUUUGUCAAGAAUGUCAGAUGCCAACAAGUUCCCCGGCCCGCCAGGUACAAGUCACAUGAUGCCUGUAAAUUGUGUAAGCAGCUGGUUUAGUCAUCCAGCGAAAGUUUGGUCCAUAUGGUCAGUGCUUCAACCACCGAAAGAGAAACAUGAUGUCAAGGUUGAUCAAGAAAGAGGCAAAGAGUACUUAAUACAUGUCUGUUUUUCUUUCUUUCUUCCUUUCUUCUUCAAGAAAUGUUAG